AUGGAGGCGCUUGUGAACGCUCCUGUGGCGAUCGCCGUGGCCGUGGUAGCCGCAUCGGCCCUGCUGCUGCUGCUGCUCAGAGGGACAGGGCGGAGGACGAGCGGCCCCGUCACCUUGCAGGACCCACUCGCUAAAUACCCGCUGCGGCUGGUGGACAAAGAGGAAAUCAGUCACGAUACUAAGAAAUUCCGAUUUGGGCUACCUUCACCAGGUCAUAUACUAGGAUUACCUGUAGGCCAACAUGUUUACCUUUCUGCAAAAAUUGGUGGUAAUCUGGUGAUUCGAGCCUAUACCCCAGUUUCCAGUGACGAGACAAAAGGUUAUGUUGAUUUAAUUAUAAAGGUCUAUCACAAAAAUGUGAAUCCCAAGUUUCCAGAAGGUGGGAAGAUGUCCCAGUACCUAGAUGACAUGAAGAUUGGAGAUAUUAUCGACUUCAGAGGGCCAAAUGGGCUCCUUGUCUAUAAGGGGGCAGGUACCUUUCUUAUCAAGCCUCAUAAGAAGGCUGAAGCAGAGAAAAAGUUUGCAAAGCAUCUUGGGAUGAUAGCUGGAGGAACAGGAAUAACUCCUAUGUUGCAGCUGAUCCGUCAUAUCACAAAUGAUCCUAAGGACUCUACAAAAUGUUACCUUCUUUUUGCUAAUCAGACAGAAAAAGAUAUAUUACUGAGAGCUGAGCUAGAAGACAUUGCGAAGAGGCAUCCUGAUCAGUUCACGCUUUGGUAUACACUGGACAGACCUCCACAAGAUUGGAAGUACAGUUCUGGCUUCGUCACUGCAGACAUGAUUAAAACCCACCUCCCUUCCCCCGGCAGUGAGACACUAAUUCUCAUGUGUGGGCCACCACCUAUGAUUCAGUUUGCGUGUCAGCCCAACCUGGACAAACUCGGCUAUCCCAAGAGCAGUACAUUUUCUUAUUAACACUGAAGUCAUCUGAUACCUUUUUGUAAGUAAG